AUAAAUAAAACAUACAUUAGCAGACUCCGUAAAAUACAUUUUUGUUUACUUUUUUUUAAUAAUAGGUGUCUCAGCAGGUAUUAAACAGCGCAACUAUUUUUUCAAUUUUAACUUUGAAAUGCUGUGUUACUAUGUAUACUGAAGAAAUAAUUGCAUAAACACCUUAUAUCUUUAAUUAUUAAUCCCCAUCAAGGCAUAAAGAGUGAUAUUCUUUGAAAUCAUUAUGACACAGAACACAUCUUGGAUACUUUAAAAAAAGGUUAGGUACUAAAAUAGACAAAUGAAGAUCUUUUCUCUAAAAAAUAUGACAAGUAAAUUGCUUAAGAAAGCAUACAUGAAAUUGUAUAUAUUUAAAAAACUUCUUUAGGAGAACUUCAUAAAGUUAAACUACUUGCAAACCACAGUUUCAUCUACGUCAAUAUGCAACAUUUUAAAACCACACAAAAAGGAAAGGAAAUUUUUAGUAAAGCCAGCAGCCUGCAAUGGGGCUGCUACUGCUGCGGCUAACCAAACAGCUCCUGCUUCUCUGAAGACUUGCAGCAAGGUCUGCUGAGGCUCACGGAAGAUAGCCCCAGAGUCUUAGAAGUCAUCCUUACUUUCCCUCAAGAUGACAAACAGUUCGUUCUUUUGCCCAGUUUAUAAAGAUCUGGAGCCAUUCACAUAUUUUUUUUAUUUAGUUUUCCUUGUUGGAAUUAUUGGAAGUUGUUUUGCAACCUGGGCUUUUAUACAGAAGAAUACGAAUCACAGGUGUGUGAGCAUCUACUUAAUUAAUUUGCUUACAGCUGAUUUCCUGCUUACUCUGGCAUUACCGGUGAAAAUUGUUGUUGACUUGGGUGUGGCACCUUGGAAACUGAAGAUAUUCCACUGCCAAGUAACAGCCUGCCUCAUCUAUAUCAAUAUGUACUUAUCAAUUAUCUUCUUAGCAUUUGUCAGCAUUGAUCGCUGUCUUCAGUUGACACACAGCUGCAAGAUCUACCGAAUACAAGAACCUGGAUUUGCCAAAAUGAUAUCAACGGUUGUGUGGCUAAUGGUCCUUCUUAUAAUGGUGCCAAAUAUGAUGAUUCCCAUCAAAGACAUCAAGGAAAAGUCAAAUGUGGGUUGUAUGGAGUUUAAAAAGGAAUUUGGAAGAAAUUGGCAUUUGCUGACAAAUUUCAUAUGUGUAGCAAUAUUUUUAAAUUUCUCAGUCAUCAUUUUAAUAUCCAAUUGCCUUGUAAUUCGACAGCUCUACAGAAACAAAGAUAAUGAAAAUUAUCCAAAUGUGAAAAAGGCUCUCAUCAACAUACUUUUAGUGACCACGGGCUACAUCAUAUGCUUUGUUCCUUACCACAUUGUCCGAAUCCCAUACACCCUCAGCCAGACAGAAGUCAUAACUGAUUGCUCAACCAGGAUUUCACUCUUCAAAGCCAAAGAGGCUACACUGCUCCUGGCUGUGUCGAACCUGUGCUUUGAUCCUAUCCUGUACUAUCAUCUCUCAAAAGCAUUUCGCUCAAAGGUCACUGAGACUUUUGCCUCACCUAAAGAGACCAAGGCUCAGAAAGAAAACUUGAGAUGUGAAAAUAAUGCAUAAAAGACAGCAUUUUUUGUGCUACCAAUUCUGCCUUACUGGACCGUAAAAUUAAAUACAGCUUUGAAAGAGAGAGAGAAAAAAAAAGUAAGAAAAAAUACAAUUAGCUAGCAAAUAUGGACAGGUUUACUUAGAAAUCCUGUUUCUAAAUGCAAGUCAAGCUUUAUUGUUAGGCUUGUUGCUACUCAUUAACCCAAAUAUUUGUACAAAAAACUAAAGAGUCUCAUUGAACGAAUGUAAAAUCCUGCAAUAUCCUUGAAAUCCAAAAGAGGCCCAUGACAUAGACCCAAAGGUAUUCAUGAGUUAUUCAUUUAAAUACCUGGAACUGACUUCUUGAUAAAAAUAUAAAAAAUAAUUUCCAUGUAAGUUACCAGAAAGCUCACCAGCAACUUAAUUUUAAAGCCUUUCAGAUUACUUUAAAAAAUGCAGCUUACAUAAAACUACUUAUGCCUAUUUUAUUUCUAAUCCAUCACUUCAAAAGAUGGUAGUCUUUCAGCUCAUUACUCCUUCAUUUUUUAAUGUCUCAUUUUUUUCUAACACAAUCAAAAACUUUUAUUUAUAAAAAGUCUUGAAAAAUAUAGACAAUCUUUAAUGUAUUAUUUGUACUUAUAUUCUAUCUAUAGGUUACAAUAAAGGCUUCCUGAUGUUAGUAAUAAUAAAUUUAGUGACUUCUCAUUUCUAUUUUGAAUAAUACGAAACAGAGACCCUAGAAUAUUUCAGAGGGAGUUAAGUUAUACUAAUUACUGAAACUAGUGUUUUUGGAACUAGAAAAUCACAUCGAUAGCACAUCAAUGGUAAAACAGCACCAGUCAGAUGGUCUUUAUAAAACAGAUACACUGACUUCACAUAGCAAGGCCAUGUUAGGAAUGUAGCAUGGGCUGAGCUACUUAGCGCUGCCCAGGUCCAGAAAGAUGAGCCUGACUCCAUGUAGGGCCCCAGUUUAAAGUACAGGUGACUCCAGCCGGGUGUGGUGGCUCACAUACUUUGGGAGGCUGAGGUGGGCGGAUCACUUGAGGUCAAGGGUUAGAG